CACGUAGCCACGGGAGGAGAUGGAUCGUGGGGACGGCGCAAGCUCCGUUCUCCGGUCGUACGAUGAUGCGACGUUGCCGAUGUCCUCGUUCAAAUACGCAGUCGACGUAGGAAAAAAACACACACGUACGGACGGAUGGACCCGUGUGUUUAUGCAGGAACAGUAUCAUAAUAUUUGCGAAAAACCAUCCCGGAUUCGAAUGGGGUCUAAGAAUAGGUGGCGCGUGUUGGCCGAUGUGGUGAGUAGAAGAAAACGCAUUCUAAAAAUAAGCUUGAUAUUGAAUCCUUCUCUCCUCCUUCGGCGAAGUCGCGGGGGUCUCCGACACCAGUGUUGUACCAUUGCAGGGGAGUCUCCGACUUCCGUGUCUCAGGCCGAAAUAGUUCUGUCCGUGUGCAUCGUCGUUUUUAUGUAAGUUUAAACACUAUUGAGGCUCUGCCAAAGCCUCAGCCAAAAUCCCGAUACGAAAAACCAUCUUCUAUAUACCUACAUACACGAAUC